UGGCAGAGAGGGGUGAAGGACACUGAAUGGAGGUCAGUGGAGGGAUUGGCAGAGAGGGUGGAGGACACUGAGUGGAGGCCAGUGGAGGGAUUGGCAGAGAAUGGUGGAGGACACUGAAUGGAGAGAGGGGUGGAGAACACUGAAUGGAGGUCAGUGGAGGGAUUGGCAGAGAAGGGUGGAGGACACUGAAUGGAGGCCAGUGGAGGGAUUGGCAGAGAGGGGUGGAGGACACUGAAUGGAGAAUAGUGGAGGGAUUGGCAGAGAGGGGUGGAGGACACUGAAUGGAGGCCAGUGGAAGGAUUGGCAGAG